GUAGCCUAAUAGGCCAGUGGCCAGUUUAUGCGACUAUUUCGCCGACAUCGAUGGAACAGAGUACUACCCUAUGACCAGACUACUGCCCGCAAUGCCAAUCAUUGACCCCAGAGCCUAGGCUCCGACCGUCAAAAACAAUGAUGCCUUGAGCAGUUGAACGAUGUGACACACUGAAUCAUAAUAUAAAGAGGAGAGAAUACUAGCCAUCCGACCACUGUCAUCACCAUCAUUGACACAAUACGUCUUUGGAAGUAUACCUAGUACUGAAACAAUGCCAACACUCACUGCCGACCUUCUUGCUGAUCUUCAGACGCCCCAUGAUCUCACGAUAUCAUCCUCAGGAGACUACGUCGCAUACAACCUGCGGUCGGAUUGGUGCAAAACCCCCAAGCGAUGGAUGUCUUCGAUCUGGUUGGCAAUCGUCGGCAAUGAAAAGUCAGCUCGUCAAUUGACAUCUACGGAAAACCAAUCUUUGUACGCGGCCUGCCAGUUCUCCCCCGUGGAUAAUUCAGUGCUUGCCGUCCUUACCGAUAGAGGCAAGAAAGGGGAAUCGUUCAUUGGGAUCAACUUGCUUCGUCUCGAUAAGGAUCUCGGAGCGGAAGAGAUCGAAUUUACCCCGUCUGGUUUGGAACAGGCCAUCACCAAGUUUACCUGGAGCCCAGAUGGUAGAUACGUCGCCUAUCUGAGUUCGGACGAGGAGAGCUCGGAGACAAAGUCUCGACAUGAAAGAGGGGAUGACGAGAAAGUGUAUGGGGAGCACUGGGACUUGAAUCGUCUCCGGAUCAUCGAUGUUGCGUCUCGGAAGAUCACGACGAUUGUUUCAAAAGAUUCACACAUUUAUGAUCUGGCCUGGAGUCCCGAUUCCACAUCGAUCGUGUAUGCGGCAACGAAAACCCCCGAACUUGGUUCUCCGAUGACGUACGGAAGUACUCUGGAAGUUGUCUCGUUGGCAGACAGGAACAUCAGAGAAUUCGUUCGCUUCCCGAAUGGUCUUUCCGAUCUUGGAUGGAAGGGCAAAUCUUUAUGGUGGCGUUCGAAUUACGACCUAUCUCACCCCAUGGGUCUAGGGUCAAUGUGCGUCUACGGCAUGGACUUUAACUCGAGUCAGUGGACCAUGAAAGGAUCCGGCAAGGACGACAGUGCCACGGGGUGGAUGCUUGGUCCGUCAGUGCGGCAUAGCUCCUCAGGUCUGUUCGUGGCAGUACAACAUGGUUUGUCUGAUGUUAUCCAUGAGUUACCAAACUGGAAUAUCGUUUACGAAUCGCAAGAGAGAGACAUUCGGUCUUGGGAUGUAUGGAAGAAGGAUAACAAUACCAUGAUCGCGUUAACCAAGAGCACAUCGUCUAGCCCCGAAGAGGUCUAUAUCAUCGUGGACGACAAAGAAGUCUGUCUCUCCGACCAUGGCAGAUUCAUUCGAGAAGUUGGCGACAUUGCUUCUGCAAAGACUAUUCGUGCAACUGCACAGGAUGGUACUGGGGUAGAGGGAGUUUUUGUCUUUCCAUCGGACAAGAGAUACAAGAUGCCUCCAAGUGGAUGGCCGACAGUGGUUCUUCCUCACGGCGGCCCUUCAUGCAAAGUCGCCCAUGGCUUUGACGUCUGCUUUGAGAAUCUGGCUCCUUGGCUCACAUACCAUGGCUAUGCCGUACUCUCACCAAACUACCGUGGCAGCACUGGUAGAGGUGAGAAAUUCAUAUCGGAUAUGUUGGGACGUCCUGGGACCAAGGACUACAGUGAUGUGAUCGACACACUCCAAUCCACCAUCAAUGAAGGACUGAUUGACGCCGAGAGGGUCGGCAUCUACGGCUGGUCCUACGGUGGUUGUCUCGCUUUCAUGGCUGUGACUCGUGACCAGACGUUCCACUUUGCGGCAGCAGGCGCACUAUGCGGUGGUACCGACUGGGAUAUUGGUGUGAUGACCUCGGAUACUCCUAUAUAUGCCAUCUCCCUUGGGGGCCGUGCGCCGUGGAAUGUGACCCCCGAUGAUACCUGGAAUCGCAACAGCAGCCCUGUUUGGCACAUGACUACUAACAAGAUCACGACGCCGGUGUUGAUGUUGCAAGGUGAGGAGGAUGACAGGGUACACAUCACUCAUGCACGUGCAUUCCACCAUGGUUGUCUUGCCCAUGGGUACGAGUGCGAAUAUGUCGUCUAUCCCAGAGAAGGGCAUGGUAUCCCACCUUGGGAAAGGGCUCAUUAUAUCAAUCGACUGGAGAGGUUACGCGAUUGGUUUGCAAGGUACCUAGGCCAGACCGAAAGGAUCUAG